UUUUCUUCUUCUUUACAAGAAUAUUUCUCAACUCGCUGCCGCCCAAUACGACAGCAAUGGACCCAUUGGGUGUGGCUUGUGCAAGGUUCAGUGUACAGGCAAGCAAUCCUACGAUGAACACGUAAAAGGCGACAAACACCGGAAAAAGGAAAUGGCUUUGGAUCUCGAGAUACGAGCAAAAAAGGCAAUGAAGGAAAAUGCAACUUCGGCAUUUGCAAUACCUGCUGCCUCUACAAAACCCAUAGUGCAGGAGACCUUCGCAGCUACUCGAAAGACUUAUCGUAUAAGGUCUGUACCGCGGGGCUUCGUGUAUGUCUUCAACAAUCAGUUCAUUGGUCAAGAAGACGAGCGCCUCGGUGCUGAACUAGAUUCAGAGAAUCUAAAGGAAAUUUUCACUCAACUGGGUUACGCAGUCUUCCUCAAAGAAAACUUCAGAGCUCAGCAGAUUAAGGACGAGUUGGACAGCAUCAGGGAGGAUCGAAGACUGAAUCACGUCGAUGCGCUCAUCAUCUUCUUCCUCAGCCACGGGAACUCUCCUUACAGCUUCCGCGGGAACGACAACAAGGACUUGGACCUGCGGAGCCUCCGGCGGAAAUUCGCAGACUCGAAGUGCCCUCAGAUGAAGGGCAAACCCAAGGUCUUCUUCGCCAACUACUGUCGAGGUGAUCGAUUCCAGAAGAGGAUUGAGUUCGAUAGCGCCCAUGAAUACGAUGACGGUAGCCUCGAGGCCCCGCGAGACAUGGUGACUAUCCAAGCUGCCAUAGAAGGUGUCAAAGUGCCUAGGAGCAAAGGACUAGGAACGUUUUUCAUCAAGUGCUUAUGCGACGUCCUGCGACACCACGGUAGAUCCAAGAGCCUUAAGGAUGUUUAUCACGAGUUGGACGUAAGGACACAGGAGAUAGGAGGCACGCAACCCAUGUGGGAAGAGUAUAUUUUUCACGAGUUUUUCUUUUAAGUCAUUGUACUAUGUGUGAUGUAUCUGAUGUUCUACUGAACUUCAUAAAAUCAGGGUGUUAAUUCUUAUAUGCUUGCAAAAAGGAAUUGUAAAAUCGGACAAAUGCAAUGUUUACUAACAUAGCGUGGGAAAACGUUAAAUUAUCAUUAGUUGUUGAAAAAAAAAAAAAAAAAAAUGGAAAUUGUCACUUGUCGGAAAUACCUAGUCAUUAGACAUUCUGUGAUAUGUAGCAAAAGACAAUUGUCAUAAUAAUGGCAGUGACAACAACGACGAUAAUGAUAAUGAUAAUAAUAAUAAUAAUGAUAAUUCUGUAGACCUAAUAAACAAGAGUCGAUUUAUUUUGCCUCCCACCCCAUUGCCUUCUUGUUUAGGGGUAGAUUUCUUUAGACCCGCUUCUAAAGAUGCCUAUUACACUGAUAGUGGAAGCUAUAUAUGAAUCUACUGCUAUAAGGGUCUCAAUAUAAAACGUCCAGCGGCGUGGGGAGUGGAAUUACAUGGAGACAUUUAACCACGCUAAUAUUAAACUUCCGCGUUUUUCUUUUUGGGUACUUAAUAACAAGGGCGGAAAGAUUCACGAUUUUCACCAUACGCUAUUUAAAUGUCUUCCUUGAGUGAUAUUCAGACAUUCAUAUUUGACUUUUGAUAUCAGUCAGAAAGAUUUAUUUUAAUAAUAAUAAUAUUAACAACUAUAUAAUAGCAACAGCAAAAACAACAAAGUAUUAACGAUAGUGAUAGUAAUAAUAGAACGAUAAAUAACGUAAACAUUACACGUAAAAUUUAAUAUACCUGACUAUAUACAUGUAUCAUAUAGGGCACUUACUUCUGUUUGACAUAUGUAUCUCUAGUGAUAUUUGUCAGCGCAUGGGCAGUGAGGAGUCGAUUCCUUCGGAAAAAAAGGUAAUAUUGCUGUUUCUUUAAUAAUGUUCUUAUUUUCGUAACUUACGUUCCGGAGUAUAUGGAUGGAUAAAAGAGGAAAGCUGAUACUUCGGAACGAUUAAUUGUGGAAUGUACAGAGGAAAAAGAAGGAAAAUACUGUUUAAAAUGACAAAGAAAGCACAAGGCUUUGCUUUUGGUUAUUUUUCAAUGCAAUCAUUGUAAUAGGAAUUAGAAUACAUUGGAUUGCAUCUAAAUAUGAGAAGAGAGGCCUUUUACCACUAGACAAAAUUGUGCCUCACAUUUACAUAUCAGUGUAUGGAUAGAAACAUACAUGUAUAUUGUGUACUCUAACAUAUUAACACUUAUUUGUACACAUGUAUAUAUGCAAGGGGAAACUUCUAUAAUCUACAGAAACUUGACCAACUUUCAUGAUAUAUAUCCCAUUUUUUUACCUAGUAAAUUUCCUUGUAUACGUCUUACUCUCCCCUACUUGCAUGACCAAGUUUGUACGGAUCUAAGGGGUGUCCACAGAACGAAUUUAGUGUAUAUGAACACAAGAUGUAUAUAACCAGGUAGUUCCACUUCCAUUUAGUCUGCUGAACCUAAAAAUGAAAUUGACCUUUACCCAAGAAAAUUGUGAUGGCUGUUAAAGGUGUUAAUGGAACUCUUCCUUAUCGUAUAAUAAAGAGGGGAAUUUUGA